AUGGUCAGACUAUGUUCAAUACGUUCCUUUUCGGGUUCUAGUAUAGUAUUAUCCAAUAUUGGUAAAAAACCAGUCAGAUUAUUAGAUGGUGUUUCAUAUUCAGUUGAACAGAUCCCCAUUGAAUUUUGUAAAAAAUUUCAAAAUAAAUCAGAUACUUAUGAAUUAAAUAGACAAUUAAUAUUAGAAGGCCCUUUAGGUAAAGUUAAACAAGAAAUAGCACCAUUCAUAAGAAUUACAAAAGAUGAAAAAGAAAAUCAAUUAUUAAUUGGGGUUCAAAAACCAAAUAAUAAAUUACAAAAAUCAUUAUGGGGUACUACUCGAGCAAUAUUACAAAGAAAUUUAAUCGGAAUAACUGAAGGUCAUUUAUCAAUUGUUAAAUUUGUAGGUACUGGUUUCAGAGCCAUUAUUGAAAAAGAUACCACUAAAAAUAAAGAAUUUAUAAGCUUAAAAUUGGGAUUUCCAUUUACCCCUAGAUUAGAAGUUCCAAAGGGGAUAAAAGUAAGUACUCCAAAUCCUACAAGAUUGAUUAUUGAAGGGAAUGACUAUGAAAAAGUUAAACAAUUUGCUGCAUCAAUUAGAUUAUGGAAGAAACCUGAACCAUAUAAAGGUAAAGGUAUAUUUAUUGAUGAUGAGACUAUAAAAUUAAAAGAAAGAAAGAUUAAAUAG